UGGACCAGAAAUAAUCGUUUGAUUAAACCGGAUCACAAUUCAAUCUUUCUCAAUAAUAAUCAGACUAUAUGGAUAAAUGUGGCACGUGAAGGAUUGGAUGGACGUUAUACGUGUACGGCAGCAAAUAAAGUUGGUCGAGCAAGUCGUGAUUUUAUCAUCAAACUUAGCGCCCCACCAAUUCUUGAUCGUAGUGGUAUCCAGGAAAUUGAGGUAUUAGCAGGCGAAUUUGUUAUUCUAACUUGCAAAGUACUUAAUGGUAGUGGAAAAUUGACAACAAAAUGGAUUGUUGAUGGACAAGAAGUAAAAAAUGGACAAGUGGACGAUCGACGAAUUGAAAUUCGAAAUGCACGUUUAAGUGAUUCGGGUAGCUAUGUUUGUGUGGUACAAAAUGAAGCAGGAGAAGCGAGGAAAACAUAUGAGCUUAGUGUACUUGAGCCACCUCGUUUUUUGGAUAUGACCAAUUUAAAUCCAUCAAUCAUUGUUGGUAGGCCAUUAUUGCUGGAUUGUUCGGUAACCGGUACACCGAAACCAGUUGUCAUCUGGACAAAGUUGACAGUUGGACAUAUCGAUUGA